AUGUCUUUGUCUUUCUUUCACCUAAAUAUUCCCAGAGCUCGACAGCACCAGCUGUCUGGUAGAAUAAAAAUGUCGCCUCUCACCAAGAAAUACCGUCCCCCUAAACUUAGGGUACACACUGUUCAGGCUAUCCAGGCUGUCCAUAAGAAGUCUUACGAGAAAAUAUUGAUCGAGAGCAACAAUUACUUAAUGCUAUCAACUGUGCUUGUGAUGUGGGAAUUAGACAUUACCACUCUACUUGGAAUAUCAAAGUUAAAGCAAGUAAAACGAUCAGCUGACGAUGCGAACAUUGAUGAGGAGGAGCCAGAAAAUACUCAGCUGGUUAGCCAAGAUGAAGAGAGAUUUAAAAACACCAUGGAUUUUUUUCAGCGGUACAAGGAAACUAGAAAUCGAAUGAACUGGCGUGGUUGUCAUGAUAUGCUAAAGAAACAAAUCCUUUUGUUCUUUACUUUUUUUGUCCAUAUUUCGUAA